ACACAAACUUCCCUCAACUUAUUUAUUAAAUUCUCACUUUCCCCUACCUUCCGUUAAUAAUUAUUUUGAAAUAUAUAGAUGGCCGCUGGAGUUGGGUUUGUUCUGGGUUUAGUUGCGCUGGUUUUUCUUCACCAUGCCACCGCUCAGACGGUUCAUGAUGUCGGUGGCACCACCGGUUGGACGGUUCCUCCGAGCGGCGGCCCCGCUUUCUAUUCCGACUGGGCUGCUAAUAAGAUCUUCCGCGUUGGCGAUUCCCUCAGAUUUAACUUCCAAACCAACAACCACGAUGUAUUUGAAGUCUCAAAAGAAUCGUUCGACAGUUGUACUUUCAACCCUACCGAUGACGAUAUCAUAAGGGCAGGUCCGGCGACGGUGACACUCAACGACACAGAAAUGCAUUACUUUGUUUGUACCGUCGGCCCACAUUGUUCGUUAGGCCAAAAGUUAUCCAUCAAUGUCGUCUCCGCCGCUGCCGGUGGUCCGAUAUCGCCAUCUUCGCCGGCACCACCUUCCACAGUCCUGCCACCGCCGUCUCCUUCCUCCUCCAAUUCACUUUCGGCAACCCUUUAUCUCAGUUUCUCUGCCAUUCUUAUGACCUUCUUUUAGACAUAUAUUAUGUUGUGUGUCUUGAUUUUUCAUAAUUACAUGUGAGGUUUAAUUUUGUUGAGAGUUGAGAGAUAUAGUAUUUAGUGAUUGGAUUUCAUUUGUGUCUUCCUAUAUUUUUGUUUCAUAGUUUUUGUCUCCAAUAAACUUUUAUAUUUACUUUUUUUAACGUUGAAUUAUAGGUUUAUUACAUUUCCCAA